CGGGGCUUUCCUCAUCAGGCAUUUCCCGGCCCGUUAAUUAUGGCCGCACCAUAAAGUCGCGCGUCACGGUACCCACCCGAACGAAAACACCUUCGGAAACAGCUCAUUACCUCCUCCGGCUCGGCGGCCUCGCCACCACCACCGCCACCAUGCCGGGGAUCCACGUUCCUGCUGCUGCUGCUUCCAUCUUCUCCCCCGCGUACUCCUUCUCUUUCGACGAUGACGACGGAUUCGGAGACUUCAAGUUCGCCUCCUCCGUCCAACCUUUCCCGUCUCACCCACCGCCGCCGCCAACGCAGCAGCAGCAGCAGGACGAUUACGACUGGGGCGAUUUCGUCGUCAGCCCGAUUGGAUCUCACCCCGUCGAGUCCCCAUCUCCGCCGCCCCUCUUCGACGCCUUCCCUCCCCUGUACGCCGCCGCUUCUGACAAGAUCGCCGGUGUCAAGCAGUGGGAGAAGCCCAGCGGUGCCCUGCCGCUAUCGAUCUUUGGGGAGGAGGAGGUGGAUGAGCCGGAGCCUCUCCAUCCGCCCGUCCUCUUCUCUGCUUCUUUAUCUUCUUCGAUCCCGGCCAGAGAUCGCAAGGGACCUGUCGCCGCGCAUGGAGAGUUGAGGGAUCUGAUCACCAGUCUCUAUGGACAAGCUUCCCAACCGGUCGGUGGCGACAACGAUGGCCUUUGUUUGGCCGAGGGGAAGGAGGACGAUUCCGACGAGAGCUCCUGGGAAUACAAGGACGCCUCUUCCUCGUCGCCCAAUUCGGUGCUCAAGGAAGAUGGAAUACGAAACGAGAAAUCUGGUCUUCAAUGCACCGAAACUGCGGAUUUUAGAGAAAUCGAGGUUACCAGAAGCAUGCGAGAAAGUAACCUAGAUGACUGGCCUAUUCAUUCUCACAGCAGUGUUAAAGAAGAAUCUGAUGUAAGCCCAUAUCAUGAUAAGAAUGGGUAUUUCUAUGAACCUACAUUUGUGGGGAGUGCAACUAAGGAUAUAAUUUCUGGUCCAUCUGCUGGUCUUAGUAACAACAUACUGGACUUGUUUAUUGAGGUUGAUAAGGAAGAUGCUAUUUACUCUGAAAAAGAUGCCACAAAGAAGGGACAAAACUCAGAUAUGGUUGACUCAGUGCAGAGGGAUCAUGAUCUUGGUGGAACUCAAUGGAAGUUCCUAAAGACUUUGGAAUUAGUGGUUAGCAAUCAGGAUCCUGCAUGUGAAAUAAAUAAAUAUCAUUCAACUAAUUUGUCAUACAACACUCCUGUUGAUCUUUACCACAGACUGAAAGAUGGAUCGAUAUUCUUGUUAAAUUGCCAUCUCGAUAAUCUCGAGAAAGCAUAUGGAGUUGCUUCUCUUUCUGGUGAACAAAUUAUAGAAAUGAAAAGAAAAGAGGAAAUUAAGGCAGUUUAUAAGAAGCUGGAAGAAGCUAAGGGCACUAGAAAUAUUAUAAGGGGGGAGCACCUACCAGUAGAUGUUUAUGUUAGUCAACUGCUUAAAGCUGUAGAAGAACCAAACUUUCGAGCAUUUGAGCAAGAAUAUCACCUAUCAGAAAGAAUCUUGUCAGCAGGGAAAGAGGCAAGUGCAGCAAUCGAACUUCUUGAACAUACCACCUCAGUACUUCACAUUCUGGCAUUAGCAUCCAGGGAGGAGCAGCGUGCUUAUAUUGAUGUAUGGUCUAAUAUGGCUGUGGCUUGUGUUCAAGAGUUGCAGCAUGGUGCCAAGGUUUUAAAAGAAUCAGUUCAAGCACAAACCUUAAUGCAAAUUUUAUUUGGAGAAGCUAAAUAUUUCAUUGCCCUUGGAGAGAUUUAUAGAGUUACGGAAGUAUUAAGAGCCUCCAUGAAACGUUACAAGCCUUGGAUAUUACUAAACUGCGGUAGCUUAAGCAAAUUAUCAACUAGCUUGGAUAAGUGUGCAGAGGCAUGGACUAUCUCUGGUCUGGAGGAAUCUCUUAAAAACUUUUCCAAUGCCAAUGAUGCAGAAUAUGCUGGUUUGGCCAAAGCACUCCUUGCAUCCAUCAAAAUCAUUCGUGAUCUUGAUCUCUCUCACUAUUCUUUUAAUCACGACAGAAGAAUUUGCAAAUUAUCAUUAUUUUCCAUGGAAGAAUUACAAGAUAUGAAAAUGGGGCUAUGGUGUGGGGAAUAUUAUUUUGUCAAGCUAGCAAAUCUCUGGGCCAAUCGGAUAUCUUGUGAUCCUCCUCAGUUGCCAUGCUUACAUGUCUAAUAAUAUGAGAGACUCAGAGACUUGCAAAGGCACCCAGUCGAGGAUUCUAAUGAAACCACAAGUGUCGGAAAAUCUUCAUUUCAUAUGAAGCAACAAGAAUCAUGCUGCAACAUCAUCGGUCUUAAAGGGGAAAGAAUAACCGUAAACCCAGCCCUGAGUUUGUCGUCCACCAUUCUUAUGGUCGAUUUCCUUUUCAGAAUUCUAGUCCAUAGAAAUGCAGUUUGUGGUUGUAAAUUGUGACUCUAUUCUUUCUAUUCUUUUGAUGUAUAUAAAGACAAUUAUUCUGGAGUCUCGAGUCUUCAAAAGAAUCUUGUAUUUGACGACACAAGACUUUUUUGACUGACGCAUUCUCAUUUUCAUUUUCUUCUGACUUGAGUAGAAGAGUAAGAAGGAAAAAAGAAGUGAAGCAUACGAG